GUGAGACAUCGGUCUAUGCAGAGGACACUUUCAACCAACUUCAAACAGAAGUCAAAAUUGCAGUGGUAAGGUAGGCUGAUUGCUAUCUUGGCAUGUUCAGCCUCAUUUGAUUAGUCCUGUGCUUCAAGAUGUGGUCAAACAUGGGAACUCUGAUCUGGUUCUUUCUGGUUCCAAGCCUGAUAAAAACAACAGCUCUACUGAUUUCACAAUGCACUUUGCAGAAGGAUUUUUUAGAGUCUCUGAAACCUCAAGAUUUAUUUUAUUAUUUUGAUACUAUUUCCGUUAAAUCAGUGCCUCACUUUGAGCUGGUGUGGGUGAAUUGCUCAGGGAAUGAGUCUUUCAGAGGGCUAUGGAGGUGCUCGUUUCAGAGUGAUGGAGAGAGCUUUGAGCUGGGCCAACACAGAGAUGAACAACCCAUGUCUUGUCCCACGAGUCUGGAGACGGUGAUCAACUCAACGGUCAGCGUGGUGAAGAAAAGAGAGGAUAUGUGCUGCGAGCAGCUGAAGUUACUGAGACCAGCGCAUACGAGAACUCUUCUCCCCAUCUGCCAUGGCAAAUUACAAGGUCUGAUUCAGUCAGGGGAGAAGAGGCUGAAUAUUCGGCCGGUGCUUCAAAAACACAUAGACCAUCUGAAGGAGCUUACUAUGGAUUUACCUUCUGGUGUACCUCACCUGCUAUUAACCCACACAUUACCAGUGAGGAAACGUCUUAAACAGCCUAAGAGUCAGUUCAGGUUACGGAGGACACCUCUGGGGUCAGAGGUCACACAUCUGGAGCUAGCAGUGGUGGUGGGUCCAGAUGUCUAUGAUGCUCAUAGGCAAGACACUGAGAGAUACAUCCUGACAAACCUCAACAUUGCCUCUGAGCUUCUUAGAGAUGUUACUCUCGGUGCCAGUAUAAGAGUUAAUCUUGUCCGUAUGGUCAUUCUCACAGAGCCAAAGCCAGACAUCCAGAUCUCCGAAAACAUCACUUCUUCUCUAAAAAGUGUGUGCAAGUGGGGUCAGAAGGUCAACCCUGAUGCUGACACUGACCCUUUACAUGCAGAUCUGCUGUUAUACAUUACCAGGUUUGAUCUGGUGUUACCCAAUGGGAAUAAGCUUGUGAGAGGUGUGACCCAGCUGGGCGGAGUCUGUUCCUCUCAAUGGAACUGUGUGAUUACAGAGGAUACAGGCUUUGAUCUUGGCAUCACCAUCGCUCAUGAGAUUGGCCACAGUUUUGGCAUAAAUCAUGAUGGAAUAGACAACACAUGCAGCUCCAGUGGGUUUAUGAUGGCAUCUGAUGGAGGUUAUAACAGUGUUGAUCUCACAUGGUCCCAGUGCAGCAGAGCUCAGCUCCACAACUUCUUCAGUGCCGGGAAGGCGGAGUGUGUGAAGGAUGUGCCGGUGCUGGGUGCUUCAGUGCAGGACUGGAGGCCUGGUCUCUUCUAUGGAGUGGAUGAUCAGUGCCGUAUAGCGUUUGGCAGCUCGGCUACUGCUUGCUCUUUCACUAAUGGUGAUAUGGCAACCUGUCGUGUUUUGUCCUGCCAUAUCAACCCUCGGGACCGUAGCUCAUGCACUCGUCUCCUUGUUCCACUCUUGGACGGGACGGAGUGUGGGCCCAGUCAGUGGUGUUUGAAGGGCCGGUGUGUGUCUCCUUCUACUUUGGGUUCCUCCAUGAUGGUUCACGGCUCAUGGUCUUCAUGGUCUGAAUUGUCUGUCUGCUCAAGAACAUGUGGAGGAGGAAUCACUUACCGCAGGAGACAGUGCAACAACCCCAGGCCAGCCUUUGGUGGUACCGUGUGUAAAGGACAGGACACAGAAGCUGAACUUUGUAAUCGGCAGCUGUUUGGCUGUGAUGGAGUAAUGCAUUCUGGGAAGGUGGAGGAUGUGUGUGGGGUGUGUGGGGGUAAUGGCUCCACCUGUCAGUUCAUCUCAAACACCUAUUCAGGCGGAGAAGCUGGAGAGUAUGUCACAUUCCUCAGUCUUCCUCUGAACGCCUCUCAGGUUCAUGUGAUUAACACGAAGCCGGUUUUUACACACCUUGCGGUGUUAUCAAAUGAUAAAUAUGUGGUGUCUGGAGAUGGAAGCCCAGGCCUGAGCAUCACAUACCCCUCACCUCUGGAGAAGAGCCCCAUAAUCUAUAACCUGUUCCUCACACCUGACCACCUGCCUCAAACUGAAGAGCUCACGAUCUCUGGACCAAUCACAGACAAAAUCCACAUACAGGUGUUUCGGAAAUACGGGCAAGAGUAUGGAGACCUUACCACCCCAAACAUCUCAUACCAGUACUACUCGUCUGAAGCUGUUUCAGUUGAGAGAGCUGCUGAAGGCAGAUGGUCCACUGUCAUAUCUGCAUGCUCAGUCACCUGCGGCACAAGCAUCCAGAAAAUCAGUCAGCUCUGUGUGGAUGGUCUCACACUCAAGCGUCUGGAAGAUGAGCUCUGUAGUUCACACCCUCGAACACCAUAUCAGCUGCAGCCCUGCUUCCAGCCCGACUGCCCACCCAGAUGGCAGGUGUCCGAGCCUGGCGAGUGUUCGGCUGUGUGUGGACCCGGGGAGGCUCAGAGAACAGUGUCGUGUGUCCGCUCACAUCAUGGAUCUGAUUCUGAGGUUAACCAAAACCUGUGCCCUGAACCCAAACCGCCAGAACACGUUCCCUGUGUGGUGGACGUUUGUCCUGUCGGCUGGGAUUCCCAAAGAGAGACCCAGCUGAUCCGUACAGACACCCACAUAAUGCCCCGCUCCAGAAUGGUUCCAGUUUAUGUUUGGAGUCCUGUGAUUGGCCAGUGCUCAAAGACCUGUGGGGCAGGAUCUCAGCAGGUUUGGUUCUCCUGUGUGGAUCACCAAUCACGUCUAGAAGUCCCAGAGUUCCUUUGUGAUCAUACCAAUAAACCAGAGAUGUACGCCCAGCCCUGCAGCCUAUCAAUAUGUCCUGCUACGUGGCGCUACAUGCAGGGCCCGUGCAGUGUGUCUUGUGGAGGUGGUGUAGCAAAGAGAGUCCUGUACUGUUCCCAGAUGGUGCAGGGAGGAGACGGAAACACGGAUCUGGUGGUGGGAGAAUCUGCUUGUCAGUCUGUGGCCAGACCUUCAGAGGUGGUGGAGUGUAAUACUGAAGCCUGUCCUACCAGGUGGCAGGCGGGAGAGCAGGGUGACUGUUCGGUGUCAUGCGGGAUGGGUGUAGCUGUGAGGAGUGUGCGAUGUGUUCAGUAUGAAGGAGGAAUAGAGAGGGUCGUGGAGGAGGGCCGGUGUGACCCAGGAAACAAGCCUCCCGUCACUGCACCAUGCUUCACACAAGUCUGUUCCUUCAACUGGGACGUGCAUGAAUGGAGUGAGUGCUCAGUGUCAUGUGGUGAUGGGAUCCAGUCUCGGACCGUGUCCUGCAUGGGCCCAUCCAGCCCUCUUCCUGUCAGUCCCUUUCUUUGCCUCCACUUGCCAAAACCCAUCACCAUCCAGGCCUGCUAUAGCCCUGACUGUUCCUUAGCUCAGACCUCCACACCAGAGCCCAACAGCACUCACAUGCAGUCAGAGGCCCGGAGAGGAGAGGGGACAUGGAGAACCACACCAGCUCCAGCUCCAGCUCCUGCUCCAGCUGUCAGAAUGAUGACGAUGAGGAAGAGUUUCUCAGCCAUCGUGCCUACAGCAGACGUGAUGAGAAGCACCAUGAGCACAACAACAGAACCACCACAGACCAGUUUCUGUGGGCAACUCCUGCUUCAAGACUCAGGAACUAUCGAUCUGCGCAACGUCACUCAGGCCAGGUGUAUAUUUGCAAUUGGCCGACCUCUUGAUGAGGUUAUUCAGAUCAAAAUCAUAUCCAGCACUCUUAACUGCCGGCAGAAGGAGAAUAUCGCCCUGUAUGACAGACUCAUCCUGAUGCGUCUCUGUGAGAGGAUGACCAGUAAAAUGCUGAAAUCACGAUCAAAUGUCCUACUGGUGCGCCAGAGCCGCCUGACCCCCGGCAAUGGAGUGCUGCUAUUUUAUCAGAGCAUAAAGAACAAAAAAAGCCACCAUGGAGAGUGUGACGUUCAGCUGUUCUCUCCGUCUGGGCUCAUUGAGAAUCCGAUCAAGAGCGCAGCCACCUCCACCUCUAACACUCAGAGCUGUCGCGUGUUCAUCGAUGCUCCACCUGCUUUCAGGAUUCAGAUCAGAGCGCUUUCUGUGCUCAACAACACCGAUACAAACUCCACAUACAUACUGAUUCGGGAUGUGGAUGCCUUAAAGACGACCAUCUUCAGAGGAACUCGGCUCUUCCUGUGGAGCUCCUCGGGAAGCAGGGCUGAAGUGGAAUUCCAUGGGGAGUACCAGCAAAUCAAGGGCAUGUUCAGGGCCGAGUAUUCAUACAUUAACCCUUCUGAAGAACAACCAGUGUAGUCUGUAAGAGAGCUUCUGGUCCAUAAAGAGCCUUGGAGCAUUUAAAAAUCAUCCUCGUUAUAAUUUAGCCAGUUUAGCACAACUGAUUCAGAACAGAUGAUAGGAUUUAUUAACUUUAUAUCAAAGAUAUAAUCAGGUCAGUUUUUAAUAUCAUUUAAAAACAAAAAUCAGACAAUUUACUGUUUAUAUAAGUGCUUCUGUAUAUUUAUUGUAAUGAGUUAAUCUAUGUGAACUGACAAUAAUGUGUGUCAAACCUACUGCUAAUCUAUCAGCACAAAAUAAACAAUCUUUUUUUUUUCUUUUUUUAUAUUUAAGUGAUUUAGAAAAAGUCCCUAUGGCUCUAAAUUUAGCAUAACAGUCCUACUUACCAUUUGUGAAACUACCGUGGAACUUUUAUAAGUAUACUUCGUUUUUACGUGUACAUUUGUGUAUGUGCACAGUCGAACGGACAGACUUUUAAAGUGUACUCCAUUUGAUAGCAUGUGCAAACACAGGCGCUCGACACUGGAAACACAUGCACAUGUGCACUGGAAACAUUCAUCCUCUUCCAGUGUCUGCGCUUUUUCUUUCCAACAGUUAUAAAAAAUGGUUU